GGAAGGGGGGACCACAUCGCAGCCGCACAACAGUAGAGCCGCAUCCGCAGCGCCGAGGGGGAGGGAGGGACUGGGAGGCAGGGAAGGAGGAGGAGACGCCGCGACGCGAGGAGGAAGAAGAAGCAGCAGCCGCCGCGCAGCAGCAGCAGCAUCCCCAACCCCAUCCCCCACCCAAAGGCGAUUCCAAGCAGCACCUCCUAAGAAGCGGAGGGGAUCGCACGCAAUCCGCCCGCCGAUUCCAUCGCCACCCGCGCCUCGCCCGCCCCUUUCCGACCCUAGGGUUGCGGGUGCUUGGGGUGGGUUCCGACCCGCGAGGCUUCCCACCCUAGGGUGGGGCCGCCUCCUCGCUCCGCCCCCCCGCCGCUCUCUGCUGCUAGGCUUAGGUUAGGGUUCGACGCUGGGGGGAGGGGCGUCCUCCUCCUCCGCCGCCCCCGCCGCCAAUGCCUCCCGGCGGUAGGCGCGGCGCCAAGCAGGGCCGCAAGUGGACCAGGGAACCCCAACUCGGCGACCUCGUCCUCGCCAAGAUCAAGGGAUACCCGGCCUGGCCAGCCAAGAUCAGCAGGCCUGAGGACUGGGACCAGACGCCAACGCCGCGCAAGUUCUUCGUCUACUUCUAUGGCACCAGAGAGAUUGCUUUUGUACCACUGGCAGAUCUUCAGGAAUUUACGGAGAAGACAAAGAAUGAUCUGUUAGAUCGAGCUCCAAAUAUUAAAGUGCAAAGAAAAUAUGUCCAAGCUUAUAAUGAUGCCGUAGAGCAGAUCUGCAAGGCAUAUAGUGAGCUGCCAAAAUCAUCUGAAGCUGCAAGUGGAGCAUUGCUUGAUCAGAGUGAAAAGACUACAGAGCACCUUGCGAAGUCACCUGUCGAUGGUGAGACUCCAGGGUUGGACCGAAUGGAGAGUGAUAGCCCUACUGAUGACUCGAAUGCUUCAGGGCAAGGCUCAGGUACUGAGGAGGACAUGAAAGAUGGUGGUCAUGAAAUAGGGGAUCAUUCUUUAGCAGUGUCUCAAAACAAAACAUCUUCACUACAGGAUCCUGAGCAUCCGAAGACAAAAAAGCCGGUUGCAUCCAAGUCUGCACUUGACAUGUACCUAGAACAGGAGCAUUCACCAACUUCUGUGCGUGCAGAAAGGGAGACUGAAGAGGUUAAAAUUGAAAAUGAGAGCCGUCCACCAGAAGGUUUUGUUCUGGACCCUAACUUGGAGGUAGUUUGCGCCCUUGAAGUGCCAAUGAAAUCUAAAGCCAACAAGCUGUUGAGGAAUGCUGAAAAGAAGGAAAAUAAGCGUGCUGAUAUUGGUAGUUCUACUGGAAGGACUGCUACAGAGGUUGCAUCCGAUGUAUUAAACAUGACGGCUGACAAAGAGAGCAGAGAAUUUAAGAAGUCAAAAAUCACAGCAAAACAAUCACUUGCCACUGGUUCAGAGAAAAGGGACCAUAAUAAAAUUGUGCAUGGCAAGCCUGAUAAGGAGUUGACUGGAAAAUCAUCUGGUGGGUUUUCUUCCGAUAAGAAGUCUCUGCCUGGUGGUGGCCAACGCAAGACGGACAGUAAUACUGAUAUACGUCCGGCAAAAAAGCCAAGACUUAUGGACAAGGCUGGUGAAACAGAUAAGACAGUUGCCAAGAGUGAGGCGAAGUUAAGCAUUAAUUAUGAAAAGCAUAAUGCUAUGAAACAUGAGAGAUCUACCGCUGUAGAAACAGGAAAAAACACGAUUCCUAAGACUAGUAUCAGUGAUGAUAGGGCACGGAGAUCAGAUAGUGUUGUAUCACCCGUAUCAAGGCUUCAUUCUGAGGUUUUGGAACCAGCAUCUUGUUCUGCAACUCAGUCAACUAUCGCUGAUUCUGCUAAAAAGGGUUCAAGCAUGAAGGAGGGUGCCUCACGUGUUGAUAGGCAAUUGGCCAAACCCAAGAGAAGAGCGUGUCGCUUUGAUGAUGACGAGGAUGAAGGACAGAGAACACCACUUCACAGAACUUCGGCCAAAUCUAUCUCUACACAUAUAGUCCCAGCUGAAAAGGCAGGUAGUCGGGGAAAAUUUUCAUCUCAUGUUGGCAAUGCUUCUUUAAAAAAAUCAGGCCCUGCAAGAGAAGAGAAAUCAAAAGGUUCUGGGAUGUCACCUGCGAAGCAUGAGCUAGUUUGUUCUUCACCGAAUCAGGAUAAAAUGCAUGCCAGACAACAGGUAAUGGGGAGAAGAUCACUCACAGGGUCAGCUGAUACUUCUGCUGGCAUGGGUAACAAAAUGAACCUGCUUGAUCGCAAAUCCUCUAGUCAAGUAAAAAUGCCUACAUCCUCUGAGGUGAAGAAACUUCAUAGUUCUUCUAAACAGUUGCACCUAACAUCUGGGAACUCCCAUUCUCGAAACUAUCCUGCCUCAGAAAAGAACUCCUUGCUUUCUAAAUCGGAAGACACGAAGGCAAAAUUGAAGCCUGGGGCACAGGCUGUUGAGCAUAAGGUGAGCACCACUGUGACUGUGUCAGCUGAACGGGCUGGGAAGCGUGAUCACUUGAAAGAGGAAAGAUCCAUUUCUGUUGAUAAAGCAGCUUCUUCUGAACCUAACCCUGACUCGGUCAAGUCAAUGAAACAUCUUAUUGCAGCUGCCCAAGCAAGGAGAAACCUUAUGGCGUCUACUCAUGGAAAGUUUGAUGGGUCUUUGACUGAUAAUGUUGGUAGUACCUCAACACCAUAUGGUUUGCCAGGACUAAGCCCUAGUCCUGUUUUUCGCAUUCCAUCCCCACCCAGAAUUGCUCUUCCUGAGAGUCCUGGUCAACGUAUUGUUCUGAAAAGCCCAAUGGAGCUUGACCAUGAGCAUGGAAAGAGUCCCAAAUCUAGGCAGGCCAGCGGUUCACCUAGCGGUGGUACUGAUGCAGCGAUUGCUCGUGAUGCUUUGGAGGGAAUGAUAGAGACACUAUCAAGGACAAAGGAUAGUAUAGGACGUGCAACACGCCAUGCAAUUGAGUGCUCUAAAUAUGGCAUUGCUGGAGAGAUUGUAGAGCUUCUCGUACAGAAAUUGGAGAGCGAGCCUAAUUUGCAUCGCAGAAUUGACCUCCUUUUUCUUGUGGAUUCUAUAACGCAGUGUUCUCAUUCUCAGAGAGGCGUUGCUGGGGCUUCAUAUGUUCCCACUGUUCAAGCUUCGUUGCCUCGUCUUUUGGGUGCUGCUGCUCCACCUGGAUCUAGUGCUCGUGAAAACCGGCGCCAGUGCCUCAAAGUUUUAAGAUUGUGGCUUGAGAGAAAGAUUAUGCCAGAAGAAAUACUCCGAAAGUACAUGGGUGAUAUCGAGGUGCCAAAUGAUGAUACUAGCACUAGUUUUAUGCUGAAGCGACCAUCCCGUGCUGAACGCUCUGUAGAUGAUCCUAUUAGGGAGAUGGAUGACAUGCUUGUUGAUGAGUAUGGAAGCAAUGCAACUUUUGAGCUUUCUGGAAUUUUAUCAUCAAAAGUCUUUGAAGAUGAUGAAGACUUCCCUCGAAAUAAUGGAUUAUCACCAUUUAUUUCGCAGCCUGUUGAAAGUGAUAACAUACGAGAAACUGAAGAUACUAUUGCUCCAGCCUCUGUUGAGGAGCACAUUAUUAGACCAGAGAAUGUAACUACUGUUGCUGCUAUGGAAGGUGCUUUGGAAGGCAAUAAGCAACAUACUGAUGGUGCUAUCCUUAUUGAACAUGACUCUAGACAAGAGCCUGGUUCAGAGCAGGCAUUGAUCGAUCAGAAUGAGCUUCCCCCUCUGCCUGAUGGCCCUCCACCGCUUCCAUCAGAUUCACCACCUCCUCCACCUCUUCCAUCAGAUUCACCACCCCCUCCACCGCUUCCAUCAGGUUCAUCACCUCCUCCACCGCUUCCAUCCGAUUCACCACCUCCUCCACCUCCUUUGCCUCCUUCACCGCCUCCUGCUACACCACCUCCGCCGCCACCGCUUCCACUUUCGCCGGCUUCACCACCUCCACCACCACCUCCCCCGCUGCCUUCUGGACCACCUCCUCAGCCUGCUCCACCACGUCCGCCAACCCAGGCCCCACCUCUUCCUUCUAUUCUGCCGCCUGUUCCUUCAUCUCCAUCAUCAUUAGGUUAUCAGCCUCCAGCUCCAGAGUACUUCAGGACACCCAAUGGUAACCAAUUGACCCAGAUGACAGGAAAUACAUCAAUUCAAGCUAUUGGAAAUACAACAAACUUCAUUCCUGGUGGAUCAGCCAAUGGACAAACUGCGGUUAAUUUUGUACCUUCAAUGCCAGCAGAGUACGGAAACAAUAACGUGUUUAUGGCACCACAAACGUCUAAUGGUAAUUACCAGUUUCGGCCAACUGGUGUACCUUUUCAGCAAGGGAAUUUCAGUGCCUUUCCAUCUGCGCAAACCCCACCAGUUCAUUCACACUCUCGUAUCGCACACAUGAAUCCCUUGGCUCAACAAGCUGUACCACCUCCGCGCAAUCCUUAUAUUGUGCAGUCCUUUCCAAACAGUCAGAGUCAUUAUCCAUCUGAAGAGCAUUGGCGGAUGGCAUCUGGUAACUUCAGUCCAGAUGACCAGCAUAAUAAUUGGCUGGCAGGUGCCAGAGCACUAUCUUGCUCAGAAGGGUCAUUUGUGCAGGAUGGAUAUUCAAGGUCGAACAUUGACAGAUCUUCAAUGAAUCCUAUGAAUCAUCAACAUACUGCUCUAAACCAUUUGCCAUCUGGAGCACCACUACCAGGCCAUGUUGUUCCUCAGAUGCUACCAGCCAGUUCUGAUAUCCACACACUUAAUUGCUGGAGGCCUUCUUGAUAAAGUUGUAAACUGAACUCCUUGCUUGAGGUUUUGACAUGUGAAGUUCGGGGAACUGGAUGCAAUUUGAAUUGAGUGCAACAAGUGCUGGUUUUGUUUAGUCUGUUUUGUGAUGGAGAUGCACUUGCCUGGGGUGUAACGAUGAGAUCUGCCAUAGUAUUUGGAAAGGACAUUUACAAUGUCUGAAGAAUGUUACUGAAAUGAAGACAAGUUUUGAUUUGUUGAUGCGGAUAUUGGUGACUUGGAUGGAGUCGAGGGGAGCUUCUGUAGCCAGCUAAACGCUUUGGUUUGAAGAGGUAAAAUGUAGAUUUUGUAGAAAAAGAUAUGUACAGCUGCUAACACAAUGUAUGGUAGUCCCUCGGCGCAAGCUGGGGAUGUCUAAUGGGGGUUCUGAAACCAUUUUGGAUAAUUGCAAGAAAGGCUACAGGUAGUUAGGCAUGUAGUGCGAUGCAAUGACACUUUGGUUUUUCGAAGCCAUCUUUGAAGAGAAAGCAAUGAGACGAGCAGCUUUAGUGAUGUUGCUCUUGUAUGUAUCUGUGAUGGUGUGUGUUUUUGCAUUGCACAAUCGGUUCAUUUGGUGGUGUCUUGCGAGAU